AUGAUUGCACCAAUCACAGGUUUUAUGAAAAAGAGAGUUAUCACUGAUAUCGUUACUGGAUUUGGUUUGGGAACCAUUGCAGCUCUUGGAUGGUGGCACUAUGUUCACAAGCCAAUGGUCAAGACUAGAGAAGAUUACUAUGCACAACUUGCAGCCCAAAAGAAGGCUGAGGAGGAGGCUUAA